AUGCGUGUCUUCGUCAUUGCCACUUCCAUGAUCGCCGCCGCUUCGGCAUUCUUGUUCCCAUCUGGAGGAGGUGGAGGAUGUGGAUGCGCUCCACCACCACCACCACCAGCCUGCGGAUGCGGAGGAGGAGCUCCACCACCACCAGCAUACGCUGCUCCAGCUCCAGCCUACGCUGCCCCAGCCCCAGUUGGAGGAGCCUACGCCGUCGGAGGAAAAUAA